AUGCAUUUAUUUGGAAAGGCCAAGGCUGCUCAAACCACCCCAAAAGAUGCUAUCGUCAAGCUACGAGAGUCACUUGAAAUGUUGGAAAAGAGGGAAAAAUACUUGCAGACCAAGAUUGAUGCUGAACUCAAGAUAGCAAAGCUGAAUGCCGCCAAGAACAAACGAGUUGCGCUUAUGGCACUGAAGCGUAAAAAGACAUAUGAAGAGCAGAUUAACAAGAUCAUGGGCUCUCGAAUGACGUUGGAAACACAGGCAAUGGCAAUCGAGAACGCUAGUGUCAAUCUGGAAACAAUGCAAGCAAUGAAGGCUGGUGCCGACGCUAUGAAACAGAUUCAUGGAAAACUUAACAUUGACAAAGUCGACGAUACGAUGGACGAUAUUAGAGAGCAAAUGGAUUUGGCAAACGAGAUUUCGGAUGCUAUUUCGCAACCCGUCGGAUUUGGCACCGAAUUUGACGAAGAUGAGCUUAAUGAAGAGCUUGAGCUUAUGGAGCAAGAGGCAUUGGAUGCACAGCUUUUGGAUACCGGUGUUGAUUUAAAUACUGCACCUGCAGUACCCUCCACAGCUGUUCCAGCAAUCGCGCAAGCACCCAGGCCUGUCAAGAAGCCUGCUGUUGAAGAAGAAGAUGCUGAACUGGCCGAGUUGCAAGCAAGCAUGGCAAUGUGA